CUUUUCUCUGUUUUGUUUUUUAUGGCCUAAAGCACUCGUUGCCUAAAGAACUUCUACUUCUAUUCACUUGGGUCCCACAAUGCUCGCAACCUUUUACUAUUUUUAUUCUCUCUUUCUUUUUUGUUGAUCAAAUCCUCUCUCCAAAUUCCAAGCCAAAAGAUUUGUUUUAUUGAGGUGGGUUGAGUUUGGGUACUUGUAAUUUUUGGAGUAUUCAUGUUUCUAGAGGUGGUAAGCUUUGGUUUAAAAUUUUGGGGAUGGAAGCAUGGUCUGAAUUUGAUGAAAACAAAGUUUGUUUUGGAAACGGUGUUUGGCUUGAAUCAUUGAAGGACUAAUUAGAAAGCGAAGGAUGAUGAAAAGUGGCAAAGAUGAAGAGAAACUAAUGGGUCCUUUGUUUCCUAGACUUCACAUCAAUGAUGCAGAGAAAGGAGGGCCUAAGGCACCUCCAAGGAACAAGAUGGCUCUUUAUGAACAGCUCGGUAUUCCUUCUCAGAGAUUUACCUCUGGAUCGGCAUCAAUGGUGCCUCUACGCCCCAAUAAUAGUGGCAGUAUGAUCGCUUCCACAUCAUCUAGUCAUGGUGGCGGCCAAAAAAGGAGUCUGUGUUCACCAGUCAGCAAUUCACCUGCUUUUCAUUUGGCUGAGAAAUUUCACUCUUAUUAUUCUGGUGGGAUGAAUUUGAAUACACCAUCGAUGAAUCUUGAAUCGCAACCAGUGAAACCCACAGAGUAUCACACUUUGAAUGCUGCGGGGCAUAUAUCAAUGACAGCCAAUUUUAGUUUUUAUCAACCACACAGCAUCUCUAAGAACUUUUCUACAAAGAAGCUUGGAGAUGAGGAUGAUUUUAAAAUUCCAACCUUCGCCCAAUCAGGCAGAACUAUCAAUACUGGUAAUGGACAACAAAACAUGAAUAAAGAAAAUCCCACUGCCUCAAGCCCAAACGGGCAACUUCAAAACGCUUGCAUAAAACAGCUGAAACAAGCUAGCAGCUCUGCUGAUCUAAUUUCAAAGCAACAUAUAAGGAAUCAAACUGAAGAGAACUCAAAAAUGUCUCCGAGUUAUCAUGAUUCUGCCAAAAAUCCUGCUUCAAAUUUGAUGAAGGGGGAUAAGGUUUUGGCAGAUACAUCUUCUAGUCCUCUUGGUAGGAUCUCUGAAUCAGUAAAGGGUAUAGAGCUUCACGAGUGUAGUGCUUCACAAGAAAAAAAGGCCCUUAGUGAUGGCAUUGCAGCAGAGCUUAACAAGGUGGUUAGAAGGAAAAAUGAUUUCACGGUGGAAAGCAUAUCCUGUUCCAGACCACCACGUGGAGACAAUCAUAUAAGUCCCAGUAGACUUGAAAAUGUCGGCAAGUGCCAUGAAGAUCAGUGCGGGGCUUUACAAGUGGAAAAGGUAGACAGAAAUGGCAAUAUAUCAGACAACUCCAUUGUGGACUCUAUAUCAGGUGUGGAUAUAUCCCCAGAUGAUGUUGUAGGAGUCAUAGGUGAAAAACAAUUCUGGAAAGCAAGAAGAGCUAUUGUCCAUCAACAAAGAGUUUUUGCGGUGCAAGUCUUUGAGUUGCAUAGGCUAAUAAAGGUACAGAGACUGUUUGCGGCAUCACCAGAUCUAUUGCUCGGAAGUGAACUUUUUAUGGAAAAGCCUUCAAUCGAAGUAUUAUCCAUGAAGAAGUUGCCCUUUGCGAAUGCAAUAAAAGCACCAUCGUUAAUUGCAGAUCCUCUGAGGCCUAACCCCAACACAGAAUGUGCAGCAGAGAAUGUAUUGGGAAAGCCUCCUCUUCCUUCUCUCAACGGUGAUACCAAGAAAGUACUUAAUACUGGGCAAUCAAAUUACAAACCAGCCACUGAUGAUGCAAAACCACCACCUUGGUGCCUCCACCCACCACCCGGAAACCAGUGGUUAGUUCCUGUAUUGUCACCUUCUGAAGGACUUGUUUACAAGCCCUAUGGAGGAUCUUGUCCUCCAACAUCAGGUUUUGUGGCUCCAGUUUAUGGUAGUUGUGGGCCCACAAACCUAACUCCUGUAGGCAGAGAUUUCUUGAACACACCUUAUAACAUUCCCCCAUCUCACGACCAAGGGAUUGGAAUUCUUUCCGGCACUCCUCUUGGUCAGACCUACUUUUUUCCAUAUGGCAUGCCAUUCAUGAACCCAUCUAUUUCAAGUUCAGCUGUUGAGCAGGUGAGUCCAUUUGCUAGAGCCCGGUCAAAUGGGCUAGAAAAUCACUUAACCGGGGAUAUCAAUUUCACCAUUCCCUAUCAAAACUCAUGUAAUGUGUCGAGCCAGAAGAGUGAGGCAAACUCUUACUGUGUCAAGAAUUUGCAGGCAUCAAAAGAGAGUGAGGUGCAAGGUAGCACAGCAAGUAGUCCUUCUGAGAGGAGGGUGCACGGAGAUGGGCUUCCUCUUUUCCCUACUAUCCCAACAGUUAAAGCUUUAGAUAGACCUGCUCGGGCUCACAGCACCGAGGAGCAAACACGGGUGAUUAGAGUUGUACCUCACAACCCUAGAUCAGCAUCUGAAUCAGCUGCUCGAAUUUUCCGGUCUAUACAAGAAGAAAGGAGACGGUAUGACUAGGUUUAUCUUUAGGUUUAUGACCAAUAAAUUUUAUUCUAUGAGAAUACCCUACAGGAACUGACCAUUCUCUGUAUACUCUUUUUUUUCAAUAAUAUUUUGUAUGUAUUUUUAUGUUAAUUUUUUUCAGAUCAUGUAUUAAUUUCUGUAAAUAUGAAUCCGAGUGAUUUCACUGUACACCUUCCAAUUUUUUUUUUCAACAGGUUUGCUGUAGUCUUUCUUCUUA